AUGGUGAGUGGGACAUCGACAAUGAAUGGAAUUGUAGAUCCCGAGGCACUCUUCACGAAACAGAAUUGUAUAGGUGGAGGUAGUUUUGGUAAAGUCUACAAAGGCGUUGAUAAACGUACCGGUCAAGCCGUUGCAAUCAAAGUCAUCGACGUCGAAAAUGCAGAAGAUGAGGUUGAAGAUAUAAUACAGGAGAUUUCAAUUUUAUCCGAACUCCACUCACCAUUCGUCACUCAGUAUCAUGGCUCAUAUCUUAAAGGAUCAGAUUUGUGGAUAGUAAUGGAAUUCUGCGCUGGUGGUAGCUGUGGAGACUUAAUGAAACCUGGAUUAAUUGGCGAGGAAUAUAUAUCAAUAAUUGUGCGCGAACUACUACUAGGAUUGGAUUAUCUUCACGGCGAUAAGAAGCUCCACCGAGAUAUCAAGGCUGCAAACAUUCUUCUCGGGGCUAAUGGGCAGGUUAAGCUGGCCGACUUUGGAGUUUCCGGGCAACUUUCAGCAACUAUGACCAAAAAGAACACGUUCGUCGGGACACCAUUCUGGAUGGCCCCAGAGGUGAUUAAACAGUCUGGCUAUGACCAUAAAGCAGACAUAUGGUCUCUCGGAAUAACAGCCCUAGAGUUAGCUCAUGGAGAGCCGCCUUAUUCGGAUAUACAUCCUAUGAAGGUUCUCUUCCUGAUCCCAAAAAAUUCGCCUCCAGAAUUAGAGGGUAAUUUCUCUAGGGCCUUCAAAGAAUUCGUAGAGCUCUGUCUGCAAAAAGAUCCGAGAAAACGGCCUUCAGCCAAAGAGCUCUUAAAACAUCCAUUCGUACGAAAAGCAAAGAAAACUUAUUACCUCACUGAGCUUAUUGAAAGAUACGAAAGGUGGGCAGUGCAUCAUAAAGGGGAAGAAUAUGAUUCGGAUGAUGAUCUUGAAGAGAAAGCUCAAUCUAUACCUCAGAAUGAAGACUUGUGGGAUUUCGGGACGAUAAAGCCUGCCACCGUCAAAGGCUCGGGUCGGGCCAGCAUAAAUGCAAUGGGAUAUUCCGCUCCGAAUGAUAGGUCUUAUCAAGGGUCAUUUGAUGAAGAUGAACCUCUUCCUGAUCAACUAGCAAAAGCUCCAAUAGAGGGUAGGAGAGAUUUUAAUAGCAUAUCAACUGCCAAUACCGUCAAAGUUAUGAAUUCUCCGAAGACUAGGCAGAUUCACCAAAACCCUCAAAGAAAAUGUGUACCAGAUCUAGAGCCGCAAUCACCAAGAAAGAUACCUCUACCUCCUUCCCCAGAAAAACCAAAUGAAUAUAAAAAAGAUGAAUUCCAAGGGCUACGACUCAAUGAAGAAUAUCUAGGACCUAAUUAUUCGUUGCAGAAACAGCUAGAACAAGAAAUGUCCUUAUUAAAUAUUGGUAAAAUAGCAACACAACAUGCACAAGUUUCUUUAGGUUCGUCCCCACCACUAUCAAAUUAUUCCCAAGGCCAACAAAAUCCUAAGCUGCCACCUCAAGAAUUAAUACCCAAACUUGGACCAUUUAAGCUAUCUGAGAUACCACCUUUCCGAGGGCAACCACAGUGCUCGCAAAAAGACUCGAAAAUGUCCUCUGUUAAUAAAACUAGACAUCACCCAUUGCCUCCGCAACCAGUCGCGUUUGAAAGUCAUCCUACACAAAAUUUAGAUCAGCCGCUUCCCACUCUUCCUUCAAAAACUCGUGAAAACAAGCUUUCAAAGGAAAAAAUAUUAUCCGAGUCAAAUUACUCUUCAAAUACUAUGCCUUCACAAGAGUCGGGAAAUCAAGCAGGUGAUUUAGAUGCCCUGAAUGAUGUCAUAUUUCCUGCAUUAGAAGAGGCUCUAAAGCGUCGCCAAUUCCGGCUACAGCAAGCUUUUCGUGGAACGGGAACAACGCCUAAGCAACAGCGGUCACAGGCAGCUCACGAGAAGGUGAGAAAAUUAGUUUACAAGUUGGCACACGUUUGCAAAGAAAUCGACCAUUGGGACAAACAGGAACCGGUUGGAAUGGGUAAGGACGUCGAUAUUUUUCUUGAGGGUCUCUUAGAAGAAAUAUUAGUUCGAGUAGAGCCAGCGGAUGACGAAGAAAAUGACGUGGGUUGGAGAACUUCUAGCCAUUAA